AUCGCAAGGAUGUGGACUGUCCCUUCCUGUUUUAGUGCCGAGAGAGCCACCGUAGCGACUCACACCGGAGCAGGAAUACAGGCUCUCACAACGCGAUUAUGUCUGGAUUUUCUCUGGUUUUGUCCAACACACGGAGCUGUAUUUCCCAUCGUGUUGUGUCCAGGUUUAUGUAUUAGGGACUGCUGUUAUGUUAUUCUACGGGUAGCUGGUUAACAUAGCAGGCCUGUUUAUUGCGCUGCCAACCCUUGUUCCUUUCAUGUGUCAAUGAUUGUCCUUCCCUCACUCUCAUGGCGGAGACUAAAAUCAUAUAUCACAUAGACGAGGAGGAGACUCCUUAUCUGGUCAAACUGUCCGUCUCUCCAGAGAAAGUCACCUUAGCGGAUUUUAAAAAUGUCCUCAACAACCGACCGGUCAAUAGCUACAAAUUCUUCUUCAAAUCGAUGGACCAGGAUUUUGGGGUUGUCAAAGAAGAGAUUUCCGAUGACAACGCCAAGCUGCCCUGCUUCAACGGGAGAGUAGUGUCCUGGUUGGUCCUGGCAGAGAGUGCCCACUCUGAUGGAGGAUCUCAGUGCACAGAGAGCCAUCCAGAGCUGCCCCCUCCUCUCGAGAGAACAGGGGGCAUUGGAGACUCACGGCCUCCCUCCUUCCAUGCCAACGCGGUGAGCAGUCGAGAUGGCCUGGACACCGAGACGGGAACAGAGUCUCUCCUGAGCCAUCGCAGAGAGCGAGAGAGAGAGCGGGCACGGAGGAGAGCAAGAGAAACUGAGCUCCCUCGCAUCAACGGCCACUCAAAAUCAGAGCGCACUGCAAGGGACUCAGCCAUGGGUUACGACAGCGCCUCAGUAAUGAGCAGCGAGUUGGAAUCCAGCUCAUUUGUUGACAGCGAUGAAGACGAGGAUGCUAGCAGGCUCAGUAGCUCCACAGAACAGAGUUCUUCUUCACAGCUGAUGAGAAGACACAAGCGUCGCCGACGGAGGCACAAAGUGGCCAAAAUAGACCGGUCUUCAUCCUUUAGCAGUAUCACAGACUCAACUAUGAGCCUCAACAUCAUCACUGUCACGCUCAACAUGGAGAAGUACAACUUUCUAGGUAUCAGUAUUGUUGGUCAGAGUAAUGACCGGGGAGACGGCGGCAUCUACAUUGGCUCCAUAAUGAAAGGAGGCGCUGUGGCUGCUGAUGGAAGAAUAGAACCUGGAGACAUGCUCCUUCAGGUGAAUGACGUAAACUUUGAGAACAUGAGCAAUGACGACGCUGUGAGGAUCCUCAGAGAGAUUGUUUCCAAAACUGGUCCUAUUAGUCUUACUGUUGCCAAAUGUUGGGACCCAUCUCCACGAAGCUACUUCACCAUCCCUCGUGCUGAGCCAGUGAGACCCAUUGACCCAGCAGCAUGGAUUUCACACACCACUGCUCUGACAGGACCUUACCCACACUAUGGUAAAAACAACCAACCACCAACUCACUCUAUGAAGCAUCCAUUAUGUGGUAAUUAUGAUAACCUUACAACAUUUAAAACAAUUGAAAAGUUCCACAUGUUAAUACUUUCUCACUUCUCUCCUAUCCUAGAGUUUGACGACUUGCCUCUAUCUGCAAGUAAAACAGACAUGGCAACCAUCGUCAAGGUGAUGCAGUUGCCUGACUCUGGCCUGGAGAUUCGAGACAGGAUGUGGUUGAAGAUCACCAUCGCCAACGCUGUCAUUGGUGCUGACGUGGUGGACUGGCUUUACUCCAGAGUUGAGGGAUUCAAGGACCGGCGAGAUGCGAGGAAGUACGCUAGCAGUCUGCUGAAACAUGGCUACCUGAGACACACCGUCAACAAGAUCACCUUCUCCGAGCAAUGCUACUAUACCUUCGGGGACCUCUGCCAAAACAUGGCAUCACUCAAUUUAAAUGAGGGAUCCAGCGGUGGAGGCUCUGAGCAGGACACUCUGGCACCGCUCCCUCCCACCAGCAACCCCUGGCCCUUGGGUGGGCAGCCAUUCCCCUACCCUCCCUUUCCCUCUGCACCCCCCAGCUUCCCGCCAGGAUACUCAGACCCGUGCCACAGUUUCCACAGUGGGAGCGCAGGCAGCCAGAACAGCGAGGGAAGCCGAAGCAGUGGAUCCAACCCCAGCGCAGGCAAAGGUAGACUCCCCUCCCCACAGGAGAAGGGCCAAAGGUCAACAUGCAGUGAAUCAGAGCACCGUGUCCGUGGAGGGAGGCGUGGUGGGUCCACCAGCCAAAUGAGCCAUCACAGCCACACCGUCUCCAGUCACAGCCAUGCUCGAUCAAGUCACAGUCAGUUGCACAGGACUUACUCUCACUCAAAGAACAGCCACCUCUCCUUCACCUACAGCCAUGCCCCCUUCACCCAGCCAGCGCCAGGCUCAUGUGCCCACAGCGAGCGAAGCCAUGCCUCCUCCUACGGUCCCCCAGGCUUGCCUCCCCCUUAUUGUCUUGCCCAUCUGGCCCCCAAGACCUCAGUGAGUAGCAGCACGCCCCCUGGAGCCCCUCCUGGAAGAGAGUUAGCAGCCGUUCCUCCUGAGCUCACUGCCAGUCGCCAAUCCUUCCAGCAUGCUAUGGGCAAUCCCUGUGAGUUCUUUGUUGACAUCAUGUGACAGGUGACAGUGCCUUCAAAACUCAUUGAGCACAAAACAAUUCUCCCGUGAAGCCACUCAGCCCCUUCUCUCUUUCCUCUCAGUCUUUUGUGUCUGACCGUCUCCAAGUUCAGAAUGUAGACACUGACUGCUCCUCUACCUAACCCCCUGCUAUCUGUCUAUUCAUGUGAUGUCCACGCAAAGGAAUACAGGCAGCAAGAGCACAACAGGACAGAGGCCUCUCACACAUUAAGCACGGGUCCUCUGUGGUGGAAAACCCUCUUUUGUAUUGACGUGACGUGUACAGUUUGUGAAAUGUGAGUGGUAUUCAAUGUGGUGAUACUUUAAAGCUGCCACGCAGACAUUUCCGGGAGUGUGUACUCCACCUAAGAUAUUUUCUUUUCUACAAGACCUUAAAGCUGGCUGGGCCUGGAUCUCAAUCCCCCAGACCCAGGCCGACACCUACAGCCCUCACUUAAAGACCGUUUCUCUGGGCCUAGGAAUCUCCUGAUUCAUUUCUGUGCAUACAGAUAAAAUUUAGCAUGUUACACCAAACCUCUGGCCCCAUUUCCUUUAUAUUGUGGCAUCGCCACAAGCUUAAUUACCUGCCUCCUACAAAAACGCUAACCUCGAUCAGUUCACGAUUCGUGGAUUUCUUCAACUUCAUAAAGUAGGCCCUGUAGCCAGCCGUUAGUUUAACUAGGCUGCAUAUUGCAUGACUGUCUCAACUGCUUUAAAGAAAAGAAAUUUUAUUAUUACAUUUUGUUUAAAGUAUUACCAUUGGGGGGGAGGACUUACCUCUUACCAAUGUUCUUAAGGAAGAAUCCGUACACUGGACGGUUUUUUGUGAUGUUAUUUAUGUGUAUGGUGUCAUACUUUGUCUACUAAGGCUGACUGACAGACAAUCAGACAUCACCCUUUGUGAAUCAGUGGCCACCUUCCACUGUCCUAGCUGUGCUUUGUUGAAUGUACCAUUAUUCCUGUCAGUGAUUAAACCCUGACAACACACAACAACACUUUGGUUU